AUGGCAGCUCGCAAGCUUCAGCAGGAGAUCGACAAAUGCUUCAAGAAGGUCGCAGAAGGCGUCGCGACCUUCGAGAGUAUAUACGACAAGAUUAUCCAGACAUCAAAUCCGUCGCAGAAGGAGAAACUCGAAGACCAGCUGAAGAAGGAGAUCAAGAAGCUCCAGCGGUCGCGCGACCAGAUCAAGACAUGGGCUGCCAUGAGCGAGAUCAAGGACAAAAAGCCGCUUCUGGACCACAGGAAGCUGAUUGAGACACAAAUGGAGAAGUUUAAGGCCGUCGAAAAGGAGAUGAAGACAAAGGCAUAUUCGAAAGAAGGCCUGUCCCUGGCAUCGAAGAUCGACCCGAAAGACCGAGAACGAAUGGAGAUGGUUGAGUUUCUGCAGCACAUGAACGAAGAGCUGGAGCUACAGGUGGAGAAGAUUGAGGCUGACGUGGAGAUUAUGCACGCAGGCAUGAAGAAGGGCAAAAAGUCUGACAACGCAAAAGCCGAGCGAAUAGCAGAACUUGAAGAGGCAGCAGAACGGCACAAGUGGCAUCAGGGCAAGCUGGACUUGCUGCAGCGAGCGCUGGAAAACAGCAAUGUCGACACAGAGCAGGUCAAGGAGAUCGAGGACAGCAUCAAGUAUUACGUCGAUGAAAAUCAGAAUCCUGAUUUCAUGGAAGACGACACAAUAUACGACGAAUUCAACCUCGACGAAGAAGAAGCUAUCUACGGUAUGGGCAACGAGGCAGAUCGCGUCUCGUCGCAAGACGCACAAUCAGUAGCAGACGAGCCUGAUUCCGAAACUCGACCGGUCGUCACAAAGGCCAAAUCUAGCGAAGCAGCAGGCGCGCGGCGGCCCUCGAUACAGCUCAAAUCGCCAUUACCGGUACUGGCAACGUUACAUACGCCCUUACCUGGUACAUCGAAUACAGCAGCGAGCUCGAUGAAGCCAGCACCCAUACCAACGCGAACGCCGGGUGAACCGCUCAAGUAUGCUUCUGCAGCAGCGGCAGCGGCAGCAAGUGACAAGAACGGCGUGGGGAUAGCCCCGCUACCACCGCCACCCGGGUUGGCUUCGAACUUACUCACAGGGCGUUCCAGUGCGGCAGCCUCGCCAGCGAUCACAAACGCGCAACCAGCGUCUCGUGCGCAGCCACCUGCCGAAGCACCAGCGCAGCAACAGCCCUCGAAGUCUCCGGCAGCCCCACCAAGUGUACCCGCCACGCCAGCGCUGGAAAAGCAAACAUCACACACUGUAUCAACAGAAGAUAGCAAGGUUGCAAGCAGCAAGAAGACACCUGCACCGGAGUCCGCAGAAGAGGAAGAAGAAUUGCAAACACCAACGCCACCUCUCACGAACGGUGAAUCGCAUGCCGACGAUGAAGAAGAAGAGUCGGUCUACCAUCUACCAUCGAGCUUACAAGAUCUGCUCGACUCGUUUGAGGCUACGAAGAAUAACAUCAAUGCUUCCGCAACGAAACCUCCUGAUGAGCGAAUGUUGGCAGCAUCGAUGGGGACUGCGCCUGACUCUGCUGAUACAGAGGCCCCGCGCCACUAUCGCCCACAGAAUCCUUACCCCUUCACACCUUCGCAUUACCCCCAGGAGCCGCUCGCGAUAUUCGAUGAUCCUCGCCUUUACUCCCGCAUCGAGACAGACGCACUUUUUUACGCCUUCUACUACCGACAAAACACGUAUCAGCAGUACCUGGCAGCAAAAGCACUGAAGUCACAGAGCUGGAGAUUUCACAAACAGUAUCAAACAUGGUUCCAGCGUCACGAGGAGCCAAAAGCAAUCACAGAGGACUACGAACAGGGAACAUACAGGUUCUUCGACUACGAGAGCACGUGGUUAGUAAAGACUGGUACGAAGAGGAUCGAUUCUUUCGAGUCACCACGGCCAAAGCCAUGA